CGAGAAAGGUGAUCGGCCAUUUCUUGCUAGUUUUCCGAAGCUUGUGCUAACCGCCCUGGUCACUGCGUGCGUCUACCUCAGCAUCCGUCGAUCCUCCAAAUGUCGGUGCUCAGUAGCCCUCCUUGCUGCGGCUUCAGUCGGUCAGAGAUUAUCUGCUCACUUAGAAUAACCUCAGGAUCUCUAUCACCGAAACAUGCGCCACAACAGCUCUCGUCGAGUCGUCGUCUCGUCGUUUCGGCCGCAGGAAAAGGGUCAAAGGCAAAGACGGCGUCGGGUGGAGGCUUCGGGGCGAAGACCAAGGUUGGGGUGAAAGCGGCGACUGCGCCUAAAGUCGACGUGGCUGCUCUUCUGAGGCGCAGUGAGCAGCAGUACCACCAGCUACUAUGCAAUUACCAUCAGCAGUACCAUUCCCAGUCCGACAAUGCAGAAGAUUCCUCCGGAGAUUCCUUUCCGGAAUCUCCGGGCCUUAGGGAGUACGUAAUCUGCGUCAGGCGAAUGCACCAAUCGGGUGGCGACAAGAAGCAGCAGGCGGGUGCCACGUCAGCGGGGCCUGCUGCUGAUGUGGCCCUCUCGGAUUGGCUGCCGGUGGUAGAGCUGGUGCUAGUGUCAGAUGAGGAAGCAGCAACGGCCAUGCCUAAAGUGCUGCCGCACGUGUGCAGGUUGAUAGCAGAGAGUGCAGGCUCCUUCGUCAGCUCAGUGCCGCGUCACCUCUUGGAGUAUUCAUACGAGAGUGCAGAGAGUUUCUACGACGAAGUGGUAACCGCCAUGCUCGGAUCUUCACCCACGUCGUCAACUGGAGGUGACAAUAAAGGGGUGGAGGAGCACUCCUGUCCCUACUCCAUCCUCGGGAUUGCCAAGAGUGCUGCCCCCUCCCAGAUCCGAGCAGCGUACCGCUCCUUAGCAGCCAGGCAUCAUCCAGACAGGCACAACUCGCACGAGGACAAGGCCUCUGCUGAGGCUCAGUUUAUGAAGAUUACGGAGGCUUAUGAUCGGAUCAAGAGGGGUGGCCACGUUUCUGCUGGCACAUCCUCUGCUGGGACUUAUGCUUCCCUGGGAGGGGGCAAGAGGGAGGGGCUAAGCCCAGCGCUACAAGUUCGGCCAAGUCCACCUACUGAACAAUUACCCCCUGGGGUGACUGUUGCUGUUAGAGGGCUGGAGCGUGAGAUAGUUGAGCUUUUCUUGGCACAAGCAACACGAAGAGCACGGUCUGCUGUGGUUGCUGGUGCAAGGUGAACUAACUGUUGUGGACACAAAUAGAUUGGAACUCAUUGUAUGCUUAUUACUUGAUAUACUAGAUAUGGGCGUUGACCGUUGUC